AACACAUUUAGCAUUGAUAAACUGAUCCUCAAGUUUACGCAACGCGUGAGUCAGUAGGACUUGCUCAAUGAGUCAAAACGAUACUUUUAUAACCUAGAAAAUACACAAGUAAACAAAAUGAGACUAACGUUGCUAUUAAUAGUGCUCUGUGCCUUUUUGUGUCAAGCUAAGGAUUUAACGGUUGGGACUAGAGUGAAUAACCUGCUAAUUAAUACAGAGAAACUCGUCGUCAAACCAAUUCUGUUUUUAAGGAGAGAGAAGACAUACAGUUAUGUUGAUCCAAAACAGAGAACUAUUAAGGGCAUCAUAGCUCGCGACCUCUCCCGGACGAAGGCUGAACCUACAAUUACUGAGGGAGGUGUGGGCGAGAAGCACGUCUCUAUACACUUCAAGAGCGAGCGGGGAGAGGGGAUCAAUUACCUGAUACUGAUAUUUAGUAAUAAUGUUUGAUAAUAUAUGAUAGUUAAGGGUACACCUUUUCGACGG